GACAUUUAGUGGAAUCUUGCUUAUCGACAUCAUAUGUUAGCUCCAGCGACGAAUAACAAAUGUAGAGUGAUAUUGUAUACCAAAAAUAUAUGUAAUAAUUGUAAUAAUUGCGUAUGCAUGUAUGACUACAGUAAGAUGAGUAUACAUUAUUACGUGUGUUGUUAAUCGCAACGGUGAGAAAAACGAGACGGAAUUAUUUUUAAACAGAUCACUGUCUGCGUACAUUUGCAUUUUGCUGAUCAGCCUCCAUGUCGUCGCUCGAUUUGAACAAGCUGAAGAAAAGGCCGUCGGAGGACUUCAAACGGCCCAAGAAAAAGGUAGACCGAUUCGAUGGAUUGUCCGAGGAGGAAGUGCAGAAGUAUACGCUGGAAGAUUACUUGGAGAUGGAUCUGGACAUAGUUUUCGUUGGAAUCAAUCCGAGCUUAAUGGCAGCUCAUCGAGGCAGGUAUUACGCGGGCCCUGGCAAUCACUUUUACAAGCUCCUGCACGAAUCAGGCCUAACGCCAAGAGCCGUCAGCUCCGAGGAGGAUUAUAAACUCUUGCGGUACGGCAUCGGCCUGACGAACAUCGUGACGCGGCCCACAAGGUCCUCCGCCGAUCUCAAACGAGCAGAGAUCAAAGAGGGUUCGAGGAUAGUCGAGGAGAAACUGAAAUUGUACAAGCCUAGGAUCGCGGUAUUCAAUGGCAAGUGUAUCUACGACGUGUUCGCCGACGUGACCACCCGAUCCGCAUUUUGCUUUGGAUUGCAACCUGAGCGCAUCGGUGACACGGCGAUUUGGGUGACACCGUCGAGCAGCGCGCGAUGCGCCAAUUGGCCGCGAAUGGUGGACAAGUUACACUUCUACACGGCGCUAAAAAGGUUCCUUGGUUUUCUGAAAGGCGAGAUCGUCGACGUCGACAUGAGUGAAUUCCGAUUCGAGGGCAAGCACAAACAGAUUGUGCCCAGCACUUCGAAAAUGUGGCGGCGCAAGAAUAUGUCUAUUUUCUUACACGGAGGUAGAGUCGUUAACAAGAACACACUGUGUCAGGACACAUCGGAGGAGGAUAUCGCUGCAGUUCAUGGAGCAGAAUUUUUGGCCGGCAGAUCCAAUCACGAGAGGCACGACGAGGAAAACGGGGAUGGUUCUGCAAAUGAAAACAGUCAAGGAAAUGAAAGUCGGGCACGAGUUGGUGAAUCUGUAAAAGAGACCGAGGAAAAUGGCAAAAAGCUGGAAAAGCUUACUGCUUCUAGUGAUGUCGGUGAUGGGACAGUGGUUACCAAUAAAGCAGAGAAUAAGGAAGCCUUCAAUGAUAAUAGGAAAGAAAGUUGUCAUGGUGCGGUCGACAAUACGCUGGAUCAUGUAAAUAAAGUGAAUGGUAAAAAGAAUGAUGAGAAAAAUGAAAUAUGUAUAUCGGCUACAAUUAUUCGCAAAACUGCAAAGACUUCAAGUAAUUCGAGAAACAGAGAUUCUUCAUUAGAUUUCGUAAACUUAAUCAAGCAAAGAUUAUCUCAAAAGAACGAUAACAAUACCGAUUAAUUAAUAUUAAUGUACGUGAAGUCCAAAUCCUUUUCAUCAAGCUAAUAUUAUUUUAAUAGCAUGUUUAUACGUAACUAUACACAUUUUAUUUUUUACUAUUUGAUAUUUAAAAUUGCUAAGAUAUUUAUUGUAAUUAUUACAAGCAAAUAAGAAGUAAUAAAUAUAAAAAUAUAAAUACAGAUACAUAAAUUAAAUCCGUGAAAUAGUAGUAGGUCUUAUCUGAGUGUUUCUUUCCCAAUUAAAAAUCUUCAAAUUCACCAUCAGCAUCUAUCUAUUGAGAAAGUAAUAUUGAUUUCUCUUUAAUUAAAUUCAGCUUUGUUAAUCUCUCAUAUAUUAUUUGCCAAGAAUUUAUUAUUAUUAUUAUUAACUAAAAAACACAUUAAAUAAAUCUAAGUCUGAAUCAUUCAAUAAAUAUUAGUGUAAAUUGUAAAAAAAGAAAUGUAUGCGAUCUCACACUUGUCUUAAUUCUGGGUGAAGUGCUCGAUGUAGUAAAAAAUUCGAAUAAUAUUGAAAUUACAUAAAGUAAGUAUGAA